AUGGAAUACAACGAAGGUAUCAUUGGGGACCCUAAUCAACUAGCCCAGCGUAUAACUUCCAAUAUCCAGAAAAUCACACAAGGCUCUGCAGAAAUACAAAGAGUACUGAAUCAGCUUGGAACGCCACAAGACACACAUGAAUUGCGGCAACAGCUACAACAGAAGCAACAAUAUACAAAUCAACUUGCCAAAGAGACUGACAAAUACAUUAAAGAGUUCAGAUCUCUGCCUUCAGUAAGCGAACAGCGUCAAAGAAAAAUACAGAAAGACCGACUUGUGAAUGAGUUUACUACAGUACUUACCAACUUCCAACGGAUCCAAAGACAAGCAGCUGAGAGAGAGAAGGAAUUUGUAGCAAGAGUACGAGCAAGCUCCAGGGUAUCGGGGGGUGUCCCUGAGGAAAGUUACAGAGAAGGAACAUUAGUAUCUUGGGAGAGCCAACCUCAAAGUCAAAUACCAGAUGAAGAAAUCACAGAAGAUGACCUUCGUUUUAUUGAGGAGAGAGAAACUGCCAUCAGGCAACUUGAGGCAGAUAUUAUGGAUAUCAAUGAAAUAUUUAAAGAUCUGGGGAUGAUGAUUCAUGAGCAAGGAGAUAUAAUAGAUAGCAUAGAAGCCAAUGUAGAAACAGCUGAAGUCCAUGUCCAGCAAGCAAAUCAGCAGUUGUCUAGAGCAGCAGACUACCAGCACCGAACCCGUAAGAAACUGUGUAUCCUCAUUCUUAUAUUCGUUAUUGGAGGAACCAUCCUUAGCCUAAUCAUAUGGGGAGCAACAAAAAGUUAAGCAGGAGGAUUUCCGUAGCCAUGUCUCAUUAUGAAGCUGUUCAGUAAAUGAUGAAUCCAUCGUUAUCACUUCUGCUUUUCUACAGAAUGCAUUUUUUUAAAUCCAGGUGUGCUUUGCACCUUCCUUCAGCUUGCAUAGUACGAUUCACUGAAUUUAUUGCACCACUGAAUGCAGCAGUGUAUCUUGCCAGUGCUUAACCUGAGAGGAGGCUGCUUCUUGUCUGUGUCUGCCAUCCUGUGGUCUUUUCCUUUUGCCUCCAGCCCAAGUUGCAGUGGUUAUGUGAUACCCUAUUGGUAUGGUGCAGUGCUGACCUUUAGUUCAAGUGGGUCAAGCUUGCAGAUGCAGAUAUGUGGAACUUUGCACACACUGAGGGUUGUGAGCAAGGUCAUUCAAUUGUCCCUUUGAAGGCCUCAUUGAGGAGCUUAAAAAGCAACGCGUAGGACAUAAAUUGUCUGAAGA